AAAAAUAUUUAUUAUGAAUAUUUUUUAAUGUUUUUACAUUUUAAUUGAUUCUGAAAUAUGGAAAUUAAGUUAAUUGGAAGGUGUAAGGUGAAUGAAAAAUUCUAUUAUCGAGUACCUGAUGUGAAUUAAAUAUAUUUUUAUGUUUAUUUAUCAUGAAUCUAUUUAUUUUUUUGAUGUUUCAAGUACUUCUGACAAUAUUUAUCAUGAAUUAUAAUUCAUCUCGAAGCGGAAACAGAGGUUUAUAUGCUGUGGCGCUUCUUUGUAAUGGCAUCAACAAUACCAUACAAAAAUAUUGGAAAUAACGCAGAGCAAUCAUGAUGAAAAAUAAAGGAAAUUCAAUUUGUAACAAAAUUGAGGAUUCAAACUCUUCAUUCCUCUAUUAUGUGAGUUUCUAAUAAUUCGUGUUUCAAUUAAUCCAAAAAAAGGUCAAUUUAUCGCAUAGACAUUGACACGUGUUAGUGGCGCCACUCAAUGUAAAAGAAGGUCAAUGAGAAAUGGAGUCAGUGGCGCUUCUUAAUAAGAAGCUCUUUCUAGCAAGUUGUGUUUGAGAGGUUUUAGACUUAUUUUCAUCAUAUCAUGUAACAAAAAAUCGAAACAGUUCACAUUCUAUUACAUGAUAAUAGUUUGCAUGAAAACAAUGAGAUGAAAAAUAUUUUUGUGAGAUUUUAUCAAGAGUCACUGGAAUCGCCUUCCUGUGGCGCCACUAAAAAUCAAUGUUGUACUCUACUCUGCAGUCAGAUGACUAUAAAUAUUAUUGACUAAAAAUAUAAAACUAAUGUAAUUCAAAAAAUAUCUCAGCACACAAAUGACAAAUUAUUUCUUUAAAUAAAAAUAGUUUACAUCUAUUUUUUGUAUCAAAUUUAUUGGGUUUCGAUUACGUUUUUUAUUUAUUAUCUUUCAUUUGGUUUUGGAGGGAAAUCAAAAUUCUUGUUUUGUCUUCUGUAUUUGCUUGAAAAUUGAGUGGAAUUUGUUUUAUUCUUUCCAAUUUUAAAUCAAUUAAAAAAAGGAUACAUCAUCUCCUUGAAUUGUGUUGAAACCACUGUUCCUUGAUAAUAAUCAAUUUAAUCACAUGAAAAGUAAAUCAAAGCUGUCAUCAUGCCUUGUGAAAUAAUAACUCUUCAAUUGGGACAGUGUGGGAAUCAAAUUGGUUUCGAAUUCUGGAAGAAGCUAUGCUCAGAGCAUGGCAUCAACCCCGAGGGAAUUCUUGAAGAUUAUGCUACCGAAGGAAUCGAUAGAAAGGAUGUAUUCUUCUAUCAGGCAGAUGACGAACAUUACAUUCCAAGAGCAGUACUUUUGGAUUUGGAACCCAGAGUUAUACAUACCAUAAUGAAUUCUCCCUACUCCAAGUUGUACAAUCCCGAGAACGUGUACCUGUCAAAGCAUGGCGGUGGCGCUGGUAAUAACUGGGCGUCCGGCUACAGUCAGGGCGAGCGGCUGCAGGAGGAGAUAUUCGACAUAAUCGAUCGCGAAGCGGACGGCAGUGAUAGCUUGGAGGGCUUCGUUCUGUGCCACUCAAUAGCUGGGGGUACUGGCUCUGGAAUGGGCUCCUAUUUACUUGAGCGGCUCACAGAAAGGUAUCCGAAAAAGCUCAUCGAAACUUACAGUGUCUUUCCCAAUCAGGACGAAAUAAGUGACGUGGUGGUACAGCCUUACAACUCACUGCUGACGCUGAAGCGACUGACGCAGAACGCGGACUGUGUGGUGGUAUUGGACAACACGGCUCUCAACCGAAUCGCGUCAGACCGCCUCCAUAUUCAGAAUCCCUCCUUCGCACAGAUCAACUCGCUUGUCUCCACCAUUAUGUCCGUCAGCACCACCACUCUUAGGUAUCCAACGUUUAUGAAUAAUGAUCUGGUGGGCUUGAUCGGGCCACUGAUUCCCACACCACGACUGCAUUUCCUUAUGACUGGCUACACGCCUUUGACCAGUGACCAUGAGGCAACAUCUAUUAGGAAGACAACAGUGUUGGAUGUGAUGAGGCGGCUGCUGCAGCCCAAGAAUAUGAUGGUGUCGACAGCCCACGAUAGAAACGCCGCUCACUGCUAUCUCUCAAUACUCAACAUUAUUCAGGGCGAGGUGGACCCGUCACAGGUGCAUAAAUCGCUGCAGCGCAUCAGAGAGCGCAAACUGGUGCAGUUCAUCCCGUGGGGCCCCGCCAGCAUCCAGGUGGCGCUGUCUCGCAAGUCACCCUAUGUUCCCACUGCCCAUCGGGUCUCCGGCCUCAUGCUCGCCAAUCACACCAAUAUAUCAUCGCUGUUCGACAGAGCGCUGCAACAGUACGACAAACUGCGCAAACGCGAGGCUUUCCUGGAGCAGUUCCGGAAGGAACGCAUGUUCAAGGACAGCCUCGAGGAGCUGGACGACUCGCGGGAAGUGGUGCAGGACUUGGUCGACGAGUACCACGCGGCAACACGAGCCGACUACCUCACCUGGAGGCCUUCCUCCAUGAUGCAGAGUGAAGAUUCAGCUAGUGCCAAAACGGAUAAUACCAAAACAGAAACUUGAAAAAACUAACAAGAACAUAAUCGAUAAUAAUUAAACGAAUAAUAUGCCAUACCAAGCUGUUAUGAUGCCAUUCAAUUACACUAUUUAUAUUGUUAAUACACUACAUAAAAAUAAUAUUUUUGGUUCAAAAACAGUUAUUUAUUAAUUAAUUCAUUUUUGUAUUGUGUUCAGAAGUUGGGAAUAUCUUGAUAAUUUUGUUCAAUUUGUGAGUUUUGUAUCAAAGUUUGUGAAAUGAAAUGAGUUUUCAUCUUUUCAAAUCCUCUCGAUUUCGAGAGCUCGAAAAAUGUUAGCAAACUGCUCAUGCUUGAAUUGAAAAUUAUUAAGAAAUUAGGUCUAUUCUGAAGUACUUGCACGGAAUCGUUCACUUUUUAAGGAGUUGUUAAAAAGGCUUAAUUGUUGAAAGGCAGCAGGUUUGUUGUUUUUAUUAGCUUCAAAUAAAAUACUGUAUUCGUAUUCAAAACUCAGUCACAUUUUACUCAAGAAAUUGAAUAUUGUUGUAUUUUUUGAUACAAGAAUCAAAAUUUAGAUAAUUUCAUCACCAUUAUCAUAUAAUUGACUAGAUAUACAACGUAUUGUCAUUAUUAAAUUUUAUUUUAAUAAUGAAUUGUAUUAUUAUUAAUCAUUAAUAGGUACUAUAUCAAAAUGAUUAGGAUAUAAAUGCAACGCUUAACUCACCUUCCUAUUAUUUGUAACCAAAGUAGCUUUAUAUUGUCGAUAAUAUCAUUAUUAACUCUAAUUAACUUGACUUCUGUAUUGGAACAUCUGACGUUUAUGAUGUUUCAAUAGACAGGUAUAAUAAAUUUCAA